AUGAAAGAUGCUAGCCAAAACUUCGAGCGCUACGACAUGUUUAACGAAAAGAAUGGUUCGGUCGUCCUUGACAAAUUCAGAGUCAGAGAGCACUGCGGCGAGAGGCCAGACGUUCCGGGCGUGAUCUUCUGGCCCCAGACUGUCGAACGUUCGCCCUCUCAACCCCCAAGAGUACUAGACGAUGUCAUAGUACCGGAGAAAUUGGACCCGAACGAGUUGCGACCUGAAUCGAACUUCAUCGACAUCAUGACACGUCAGAAGAUUAUCCGCAGCAAGGUCCCCAACAACAUGCCCACGGUCGUCAUGAAUGUCCAGACCGGUCAACGAGAGUUCGGAGUGGGACUGGCGCGGUACGUCAUGAUAUCACACUGCUGGAGCCAGGAAACAUACGAGAAGUGGCAGAUUCCAUUGCGCCAAGCGUGUGCCUCUACGGCCAACCUCGAAACGGAAGACUGGAACAAGGAGAAAGAGAUUCCGCGAAUGGGGCAAUAUUACUGCGAAGCCUCCGCCACACUGGCGCUUGUGCCUGACUGCAGGAACCUUGUUCAAGGAACCCUCGAAGUGGAUGAAAUAUACAACUGGCGAGUUGUGAAGGAAACAUACGAACAGAGUAGAAUCGAGGUGAAGGAGUCAUUGUGGAGCACUCGAGGCUGGACGUAUCAGGAGGCAAGGCUCUCCUACAACUUGUGCUUCACCAACUCUCGAGCGGCCUGCAACGCUGAAACGCUGAAUUACGCGUGGCAUGUUGCAGGACUCAUGACCGAAGACCUGUUUUGGGUAUCUCCAGGCAGACAGAUCCAGGCGAACGAUCACUGGCAGAGCUCCACAAGCAACCAAAGCUACAGGACUGGGACGAUGGAAAGGUUCAAUCUGUCCAGACCUAAGAAUGAUCACUUCGACUCCCGCGAAGGGUCGACCUUCUGGGAUGCCUGGAAAGCCAUGGUCGAUCGAAAUACGACCAUCAGGGAGGACAAGCUAAAUGCGCUGAUGGGACUGGUGGACGGUCUACAGUGUCUUCUGGGCACUGGCUUUUCGCUGGAACAGAUGAUGGAGCAUUUGAUCCGGACGAGGUUGAUCGGGGUGGGAAUCCUGGGUUGCGUCGAGCAGAACCUUUCCCUCGAGCAAGUACCCAAGCCCAUCCCUAAAGAAGGCCAGGUCCUCGUUCGCAUCCAUGCUGCAACUCUCAACUAUCGCGACCUUCUCAUCUCGACUUCGGAUCCGCGAUACAUCACAAGUCCUGCCGACGGCCUUGUUCCCCUCAGCGACGGUGCGGGUAUCGUCAUCGAAGUCAACUCUACCUCGUCUCGAUGGAAGCCCGGCGACAGAGUCAUCAACGUGACGAAUUCGACUUGGAAAGCCGGCAAGACCGCCGCGACUUUCAACAACAAGGUUGGCGGCGGCUCCGGCGACAUGGAUGGCGUGCUGCAACAGUAUGCCGUAUUCGAUGAAGAUGCGCUUGCCCGCAUGCCUUCGAACUUGACCUUCGAGGAAGCUGCAUCUCUCAGUGGGUCGUACGUCACCGCUUGGAACGCAUUGUUCGGUGGUCCGCAGCACUUGAAGAAAGGGGACGUCGUGGUCAUCCAGGGAACAGGAGGCACAAGUAUCGCAGCGCUCCAGGUUGCGGCCGCUGUUGGAGCAGUGACGAUCGCCUUCUCAACCUCGGAAGAGAAGCUCAAUCUCCUGCGCAGUCUCGGCGCCUCGCACGUCUUCAACUACAAGAACAGACCAGACUGGAGCAAGGACGUCCUCGAGGUCACGGGCGGGCGUGGCGCUGACCAUGUCAUUGACGUAGUGGGAGCCGCGGCCAUUGCUGAAUCCCUUCGUGCGCUUCGCCAGGACGGUCUAGUGUCGGCCAUUGGGUUCUUGUCCGGGUCCGAAAAGCACGAUCUGAUACCCGAUCUUAUCUUCGGAGCUAAGACUAUUCGAGGUUUGAUGUUCGGAAGUCUCGGUAUGUUCCAGGACAUGAGUGCCUUCGUCGAGAAGCACGACAUCAAGCCGCUUGUCGCCGAAGUUUUCGAAUGGCGGGAUGCGAAGAAGGCUUAUAAAGCUUUGCUCGAGCAAGGCUUUGUGGGAAAGAUUGCGAUCAAGGUCGAUUGA